CCGCUUGAAUAAAUUUCUUGACAAAAAUCUUCAGUCUUCGACCCUUGGCCAUUGGCAUGGAUGAAAACAACGAUAACCACAAAACUGGUAAAAAUAACCUUUAAAAAACUUGAAAAGCACCUGCCUGGAUGAACUGGUCAGCGGAAACUCUAAAAAAGUGGUUAUUUUUAGAAGCAUGCAUCGCUGUUCGUUGAAGUUAUUACGGAAAGAAACAGGUUUUUCACUUUGUAGAUGACCAUUGUCUUUGUUGGAGUUUCUUUCAGUGAUUUGAACUACGGAGUCUCGAAAGAAGUUUCAUUGACUGGUGUUACCGUUUUCAUAUUUCCAUGUUGUUCAACACGUCUUUGUUGCUAAGUUCGCCAAAUACGACAACAACUUCGCCAACCCCCAUUUUAAACGAACUUACUCCAGUUGCAGCCGAUGAACAGAUUUUCUUCCAAACCGCCGCUGCUCGCGGAAUUUCGGGUAUCUUUGUGUGGUUAUCUUUAAUUAUAACCUGCCAUCAGAUUUAUCAACAUUUAAGGUAUUACACUAACCCAAAUGAGCAGAGGUGGAUUGUGAGAAUCCUGUUUAUUGUUCCUAUCUAUGCAUUUGAUUCCUGGUUGAGCUUGUUAUUUUUUGAACAGUCAUACUAUGUCUACUUUGACAGUAUCAGGGAUUGUUAUGAAGCAUUUGUUAUCUACAACUUCUUGAGUUUGUGUUACGAAUAUUUGGGAGGUGAGAUGUCAAUCUUAAGUGAGAUAAGAGGACGACCAAUAAAAGCCAGUUGGUUAUGGUGCACAUGUUGUUUAACAGGAUGUCAAUAUACAAUAGUGUUCUUAAGAUUCUGUAAACAGGCCACUCUUCAGUACUGUGUCAUAAAACCCAUCAUGGCAGUCAUUACACUCAUUCUUCAGCCACUUGGUUACUACUCUGAUGGAGACUGGAGAGCUGACCGUGGCUAUCUGUAUAUCACAAUAGUGUACAAUAUCACGGUGUCACUGGCUCUGUAUGCAUUGUUUCUGUUCUAUCAAGCCACACGAGAUCUCCUUAGUCCUUACUAUCCUGUGCUGAAGUUUUUUACCAUAAAGUCAGUUAUUUUUCUUUCUUUUUGGCAAGGUGUUCUACUAGCUGUGCUAGAAAAGGCGGGAGCCAUCAGAACAUAUCGUGACUUAUCCGCUGGCACAAUUGCUGCCGGGUAUCAGAACUUUGUGGUCUGCAUAGAAAUGUUCUUCGCUGCCAUUGCUCUCAGGCACGCCUUCCCUUACUCGAUUUAUCGCCAUCAGAGAAAACUUGACGAGCGAGGGCAAGGAAUCGCGUUGAAAAGUAUCUCUAGAAAUCUAAGACAAACGAUAAAUCCUAAAGACAUUGUAGAUGAUGCGAUUCACAACUUCUCCAGAUCUUAUCAGCAUUACGCAAACGCGCAGAAUCUAAAAACUUUCAACGAGGAAAGCACUGUGCAAGCGAACUCUGUAACUUCAUAUCGAAGCACUGUUGUGGAAAACUUGGAUUCAAUUAAACCUGGAAUGCAAAUCACAGUUCUUGAUGGCCAUGGAUACAGAUACGAUAAUGAGAAUUCCACGCUACUUGCGUCUGACGAGGAAUUUUAGUAUUUGUUACCUCUUAACUGUGGUAUUCGGCAAGCACCAAAAUGAAAAGAAAAAGAAGAAAGAAAAGAAGAGAGGAGAACGAAGAAAAAAAGAAGAACAUUUUAAGUAAAAUUUGACUUGGAAAAAUAUGAGGAAAUGGAGAGUGAAGCCAAUUUUUUUGGCGAGGUUUGAGGAUUCGAGUACGCCUUGGCCAUCCUUGUAUCAUACGAUGAACAAGACGUAUUGAGUAAGAAAAGAAAAAAGCGGUCUGAAAAUUAAUGAACCUCCUGAUUCAGGGGGCUCAUGAGCAAAAAAAAAUGGAUUGCGGUUCGCAAGCGUUUAUUUUCGUCCCAUUCAAAAGAGAAGGUUAAUACUGUCUUUUUGUAACAACAUCUAGAAGACCUAUAGCAUGAUAUCCUUAACUCGAUAAUCUGAGGUGAGAGCACCUUUUUUGUUUACUACAAAGAAUUGAACUGUUCGAACAAAAAAGGCUUUAAGGCAGUGUUCUCUCUGAUAAAAAAACAAAGUGUGGACUUGGGAAACAUUUUCACAAUCUAAGUUUCUUGCGUGAGCUUUAAACUGUUGUAGAUGAUUCCAUCCGAUCAUAAUUAUUUUGUUUCGUUAAAUAUGUAUGAUUAUUGAUGGUUAAUUACAACUCCAUCCAGACUAUUCCAUUAAGAUCUAAAAAAAAUAGUGAACAGAAUCAGUUGUAAUAAAGUGAUGAAUGAAAAAUUUCUCCGCAACUAGCGAGCAAGCAAAGUAUCUCAAAUUUUUGCAGUUUAGUUUUUUCUCCGAAACUAACUUGUUUUGUAAAUAUGACAGAUUGAAUCUGUAGAUGUAAUGUUUGUUUGUUUACCUUACUUAAGACUGAAACUAGUUUGUUAUAUUGUUUACACCAGAAAUCUACUUUUAGUGAUGGUAUUGUAAGUCAGAAGACGCGAGUGCUUAAGUUUGCAGCGUAAAAAAUAAUUUAAGGCAGUUUUUAAGACAUUCAUUGCUUUGUCAUUCAUCUUGCUCGGUAUAAAUGAUGUGCGUUUUGGCGAAGCAUCAAAUGUCUUUUGUACAUUUUGUCUCAAACAUUUAAAUUGUAAAUUUAUUUUAAAGCUAUUGUUAUUUAUUCAUACCAGUACCAUUCAAUUCAUUUAUGUAGAUGUAUUUUUCCGCUCAGAAAAGUU